AUGGAUUUAAAUAGGCAGAUUUAUGGACGUUACACUCCCGAAGAAUGGGUUGAAUAUUGCUGGAUGCCACAAGUUCGUAUUAACGAAACUCCUGCAGAGUGGAAAGAGCGAAUUUGGGGCCGUUUAACAUAUUUCAAAGAAAACGAUCUUUUACCCAUCGAGAGUAAAAAAUAUUUUAAUGCAAGAAAAUUGAUACGAUUUCCAGACGGUAGUUCAUACGCUCCUACGAUAGGAAUUGCCAUCUGUUUGUCUUGCAACGAAUUAGUGUACACUGGGAAAAGCAUUAAAACUAUUGAGAGUCAUUGGAAAGCGGCAUGUACUGGUAAUAAAUAUUGCGAACUUAAGUAUGGAGACUUUUUGAAAAUUAAACAUAAACACGAAUCUGAUCGUACGUUCGAUGAUACGCGUGCCUUGCACUAUUAUGAGCUAUGGAUAUCAAACGCAAUUAGAAGACUCAAACGCGCAAGGGAGGUUGGUAAAAAAAUUCAAGCUUGCAUAAAGAUACAAAGAAAAAUUUUGGAAUGGAUUUAUCGUCCUGAUGGCUUCGAUGCUCAGAAACUUUCCUUACACUAA